AUGAGGGCUGUGCCCAUCAUACGCAGUAGGACCGGCUGCUUCACGUGUCGGCGGCGCAAGAAGAAGUGCAACGAGGAAAAGCCCAUCUGCAGCGGAUGCAAGCGCAACAAGUUGGAAUGCAGCUGGCCGGCCGAUUUGCCGGUACAGAAUCAAGGUCAAGGUCAGGGUCAGGGUCAAGGACAGUCUCAUAAUCGGGACAAGGCUCCAUCGACUUCAUCGUCAACAUCUGCAUCCGGAUCAGCUUCCUCCACCGCGGCGGCAACGGCAGCUCCUCCGCGCUCACCGGGACAAACGCAAAGUGAUGCACCUCCAGUCAGCCCAACUCUGCAGCGACCGUUGCAGCCGGCGUCUCCUCGUCGAAAGAGCGCUGAAUCUGGAAUUGUGCCACUGAAUAAUCAUGAGAGUCCCGUGCCAGUGGUUCGACGAUAUUCCGAUGGCUCCUCAGACGGGUCAUCAAGAGCCAGUGGUGGUAGUAUCAGCAUCGGCAUACGGAACCCUGAUGAGAUGCAGGAUGAUUUGGAGAACCCAACAUCGCCAGUAUCUCCAUUGUCGCCGUUUGGAACAAUCCUGGGAUUGGACUCGGAAACGGCGCUUCAACAACGGCAUUUGUCAGAUGCGUCCAGCCUGUCAUCAUUUGCGUUUACUUCUGGGCGGGAAAGCUUCAGUGGCGAAAAUAUCUUCAUGCAUGAGAACAUUCCCAUGAACAUGAGCCUUUUGCCAUCCCAUGGCCACGAUUCCUUUGAGCUGUUGAGCUACUACCUGGCUCGCACGGCUAACAGCAUGGGAAACGGAUCAACCGACAUUAACCCCUUUGUUGCCAAACUAAUUCCCCUCGCCUUCUCCGACCCUCUUGUUCUGCAUCUCAUACUGGCGCAAAGCGCUGUGCAUAGACAAUCGUCAAAGGAGUGCGGAUCCGGCGGCGAGGUCGCGACCAGAUACUACACGGAUUCACUGAGGAUGUUCCGAAACCUAGUCGGAGAAUACGUCUCAGGCAAGGAAGGGACUAACCUCGUUGUGACAGUCGGCAGCCUCAUCCUAUGUCUUACAGAGGUUGCCAGAGGCGAUAUACGGGGCACUAUUUUUGACCACCUUGCAGCGUCCAAGUCCCUAUUGUCAAAUCUACUGAGCAAACCAGGACCGGACUCUUUCGAUGACCUGCUCGAGUUUCUUGUAGAGUAUUACAUGCACAUGGUAGCAUCGAGCAUGAUCUCCAAAGAUCCGCGAGGCAGCUCGCAGCCGGCGCUUAGCCCUGCCAUCGAAAACGCAGCCAAGCAACUCCUAGAAAAGAAUUACAUGGGCCAGCUCUGCGGAUGUUGGCUUGAAAUACUCACAUUAAUACCGCAAGUAUUCCAACUGGGGCAGAGUAUGCUACGAACGCCUGGGCUAGCCACAAGACCCGACGACAUCAUAACGUUCGGUCUGUUACAAUCACAAAUAUUAGCAUUCGUGCCAUCCGUCUUGGCCAGCACCAGCAGCCAGCUCGCGGGUCUAGUAUUCAAGCAAGCAACGCUCUUGUACCUCUGGAGCAUCUUUGGCACGCCGCAACAGACAGCUGAGCAAACCAUGCAGGGAGACCUUAUGAACGGCGCUGUAAUGGAGGCCGUGACGCUGUUGAACCAUCUGCCGGCCUCGGAACGGGUCAACACGAGCCUCUGUUGGCCAUUGACGGUGAUAGGUUGCUGCACGACGAGCCCAGAGGUUCAGCAAACUUUACGGACGAGGCUGCAGACCAUGAUUGACACGAUUGGACUUGGGAACAUGCGACAGACGUUGACAUUGCUGGAGCAUGUUUGGGAACAGCCACCGGACGAAAUCAGUCCUUGGACGCUGCGGGGGGUGAUGCAACGAUAUGAAAUCUGGAUAUCUUUUGCAUGA